CGGCGCCUGCGCAGAGGCCCCGGCGGCGCCUGGGUUGGGACUCGGGCAGGGUUCUGCCUGCGAUCGCUGCGGCUGCGUCCCGCCUUCUUGGCUCCGCUCGGCUCCCACCCAGGCUCGGCUAUGAACCGGUGCGCCGAGGCGGCGGCGGUGGCGGCCACGGUGCCCGGCGCGGGGGUCGGGGCCCCGGGCCCGCGGCCGCCCAUGGUGCCCCGCCAGGCAUCCUUCUUCCCGCCGCCCGUGCCAAACCCCUUCGUGCAGCAGACGCGGAUCAGCGCGGCCAAGUGCGUGCAGAUUUUUCUUCUUGGAAUUAUCUUGCUUCCACUUCGUGUUUUAUUGGUUGGAUUAAUUUUAUUAUUGGCAUGGCCUUUUGCUGCCGUUUCAACGGCAUGCUGUCCUGAAAAGCUGACCCACCCUGUAACUGAUUGGAGAAGGAAAAUUACUCAGCCAGCUUUGACGUUUCUGGGUCGUGCCUUGUUCUUUUCAAUGGGAUUUUUAGUUACUGUAAAAGGAAAGAUUGCAAGUCCUGUGGAAGCACCAAUUUUUGUGGUUGCCCCUCAUUCAACAUUCUUUGAUGGGAUCGCCUGUGUUGUUGCUGGGUUACCUUCUCUGUUAUCUCGAAAUGAAAAUGCACAGGUCCCUCUGAUUGGCAGACUGUUACGAGCUGUGCAGCCCGUGUUGGUGUCCCGUAUAGAUCCAGAUUCUCGAAAAAAUACCAUAAACGAAAUAGUAAAGCGAGCAACAUCAGGAGGGGAAUGGCCCCAGAUACUAGUUUUCCCAGAAGGUACUUGUACUAAUCGUUCCUGUUUGAUUACUUUUAAACCAGGAGCCUUCAUUCCGGGAGUUCCAGUACAGCCAAUCCUUCUCAGAUACCCAAACAAGCUGGACACUGUGACCUGGACAUGGCAAGGCUACACAUUCAUCCAGCUGUGUGUGCUUACUUUCUGCCAGCCCUUUACAAAAGUGGAGGUUGAGUUUAUGCCUGUUCAGGUACCAAGUGAUGAAGAAAUAAAGAACCCCAUUCUUUUUGCCAGUAGAGUCCGGAAUUUAAUGGCAGAAGCACUAGGAAUCCCAGUAACAGAUCAUACCUAUGAAGACUGCAGACUGAUGAUCUCAGCAGGACAGCUGACGUUGCCUAUGGAAGCUGGAUUGGUAGAAUUUACUAAAAUUAGCCGGAAAUUGAAAUUAGAUUGGGAUGGUAUUCGUAAGCAUUUGGACGAAUAUGCGUCUAUUGCCAGUGCCUCGAAGGGAGGAAGAAUUGGAAUUGAAGAAUUUGCAGAGUAUCUAAAGUUACCUGUUUCAGAUGUCUUGAGACAACUUUUUGCACUCUUUGACCGGAAUAAUGAUGGCAGUAUCGACUUCCGAGAGUAUGUGAUUGGCCUGGCUGUCUUGUGCAACCCUGCCAACACAGAGGAGAUCAUCCAGGUGGCAUUUAAGCUCUUUGAUGUUGAUGAGGAUGGCUGCAUAACAGAGAAAGAGUUUUCCACCAUCCUGCAGGCUUCUCUGGGAGUGCCUGACCUUAAUGUUUCUGGACUCUUCAAGGAAAUCGCCCAAGGGGACUCUAUUUCUUAUGAGGAGUUCAAAAGUUUUGCCCUGAGGCAUCCAGAAUAUGCUAAAAUAUUUACAACAUAUUUAGACCUCCAGACAAGCCAUGUGUUUUCCAUGCCAAAUGAAGUACAAGCUCCUUCUAUUGCAAGUAAUAAAGUCAGCCCUGAAAAUCUUGAAGAAAGUGCCUCAGACAAAAAAGAUGACUGAAAACCAUACUUGCAGGGAACAGAACACAGUGGCUUUUGCUUAAAAUUAAACAUGCAUUUUUAAUAGUAUUUUAAAUGUGCUUAUAGGGAUAAAAGUGUUUAAAGCAGAAACCUUUUUUAUAAUAUUUAGAUUUUCUUACUAAAACCACUUUUUAUUAACUGGUGUAUACUAACUAAUUUCCCUUUCCUUUUGUGUUGCAUUGUAUUUUUGUGGUUGUUCACUGGUGUUAAAUACUUUGUGUAUAUAUGGAUUUUCUAGUGUAUUACAUAACCAAAUGAAUACAUUGGUCUAUUUAUUGGUCAGCAUUAAUCAACCCUUUAAAGAUUUUAAUACAUUACAAAUAUUUUUAGUCUAUUUUCCUUUACAAAACAGUAAUACUAUGAAGAGUCAGAGAGAUAUUGCAGAAUUUUAAUCAUUAAUCUCAUAUUUUAAUGUUUGCAUUUAAUUUUCAGUUUCUUGGAUCAGUUUCAUAUUAGGAAGAAAGAGAGCUAUUAAUUAGAUGAGACUUCUUAAGAACUCACAUUCCCUUUAAAAUGCAUCUCUAUUGCAGAUUUCCUUGAACCACCCACUAAGGAAAUCAUUUCCUUUUACAUGGUCUGCAGGGUUAGAACUUUGUUUGAAGAUGACUGCUAUGGCCAGAGGCUAAGUGGGAAUUGCCUUAUUGAAGGUAACAUUGAUUACCUAAUGAGAAAAUGAAUUGUUUGCCACAGAGUUAAAUUUAAUUUGAACUGGAUGGUUCAGAAGCUAACACUUGUCUGAUAAAUGAAUCAGAUUUGUUCUAUUUAUAUAAUAGUAGAAUUAAUAUAUUUUACCAUUCAAGAUGGAGUUUUAAUUGUCCUCUCAAAUUUUAGAUCUUGUCUAAAAUAUCUACAUGCAAAACAUAAAAGGAUCCAAAAUUUCUCUAAAAGUUAGAGAAUCAAAAAACCUACUUUAUUAAUACAUGACCACAAUUUAUGCCUUAGGCAAGAAUCCAAGAGUAAUAUUUUUUUCUCUAGGUUAAGCAAUAAUUUCCCCAGUGUCAUUUUUAUUAGGUCUCAUGCAUGCAUAUUGUUAAUAUCAUUUAUGUUUGAGAUUUUGAACAAAGAAUCAAUUUAUUCAUAUAAUUAUAAAAAUAGUGUGUAGUUAUUCUGAAUUCAGUCUUUGAAUUCAAACUCUUUGUUUUGGCUAUGUUUCAGAAUGUAUUAGUGAUUCGCCCUCAAGCUAGUUUUUUAAAGUACAUUUUUUGAAGCUCAGAAGCCUCAUGAGAGCAUUGGAGAUUAUAUUUAAUCAAGAGUCAUGACUUUAAACUAGUUUUACAUAUUAAGCACUUAGUGUUCUUAAUUUCAUGGGUAAAUAUGUACUUGAAUAAUGGAGUACCAGAAAAUUUCAUCCUUAAUUAUAUGUAAUUAUUUGCUUUUUAUGUCUUAAAGCAUUUUUUAAGAGUGUUAAAUGAGCAGGAAACUUGCAUAAGUAAUUAAUUAUUCAUUAAUUUAUAAUUGAGUCUGUCACAUGUGGUAAAUGUGUAUAAUACUCAGGUACCAUCACUUUUUCACAGACAAAGCAAUAUAUUAGUCCUAUUAAUAAUAAAAGAGUAACAUUGUAAAUUAAAAGCUUUCCAUUAGGUUUGUAAUUAUGGUCCUAUUGUUUUCCUGUCUUAAAAUAAUAUUUUAUGUUCUUUAUACUCCACUUCUGUGUGAAUGUAGUAUUCUUAUUUUAUUAUGGUGUUACUGAAUAAAUAAAUUUACUACAUAAAAUUCUUGACAAUUAAAACAGUUCUGUCUUGUCUCAAA